UUUGCCUAAGCAGCUCUUCUCGGAGGACGUCGCCUUCACAAUAAUACCGCUGUCGGUUAAUUUAAUUCGACCUAACGGGUUUCGGUGCGACUUGUUCCCGAACAUGUAGCAGUCUGUUUUCUGAGGCGUUAACUUUCGGGAGCAUCGAGCGGACAUGUUGCUUCCUUCGGACGUCGCUCGGCUUGUUUUGGGGUACCUCCAAGAAGAGGGGCUGUCAGCCACAAGCCGAGCUUUCAUCCAUGAGAGCCCAAACCUCAGGGAGUAUGCUGACCACACCGCGGGAGACGGGGCCAUCCCUGCCUGUGUAUUUUCCCUUUUUGGUAAAGGUCUAACGACCAUUUUAAACGAGUAUGUGGCUGUCAAAACUAAAGAGUCCAGACACGAGGUUCCUGCUGUGAUGACCUCUCUGUGGAAAAAACUGGACUUCACACUCAACCAAAUUAAGUCCCUACAGAACUCUCCCUCUAUAUCGGCAUGUCAGAGAGUACGUUCCCGUGUUGAAAUGGCGAAUAUGGCCCGUCAGCGGACUCUGACCUUGAUGCCUGCCGGCGGUGCAGUCGUCUGCUCUUCAGUCCCGGAAACGGGUGUCAUCCUGAGCCCUGCACUCACCACCCACAGCGCCCUUGGCCACUCCACUCCAGUGUCCUCCGCUGAUCCUCACAUCAGACCCGCUCUUGGCAAUAGCAUGCUGUCUACACCGAGAGAUUCGCCCGUUCACAUUGUUGUUUCCGAGCAUCGACUCAACCCAGGGCCGAUGUCUCCUGGUCGACGGAAAUGGGACACCCCCAGGAAGAGGAGCGGUGCUCUGACUGGGACCACUGGGCAAGGCAGACCAGCAGCAGCUUCGAGUAGCCUUAAUACUGAAGCCCAGGCUGAAGAGGUGGUCGAUGAGAACUUUCCUCAACUUGUGAUUCAAAGUGCACGUGACAAGAUUUUGGGUGACAGGUCUUUACAAGAGAAGCUUGCUGAAAACAUCAACAAAAUCCUUAAAAAUCCGAAUGAACCAGCGCCUCAAACAUCAAGAGCCUCUGUGAGCACAGUGGAGGAGGACCAGUCCAUUGAUGAAAUCCUGGGAUUACAGGGAGAAAUCCACAUGAGUGAUGACGCCAUCCAUGAUAUUUUGGAGCAAACCGAGUCCGAUCCUGCUUUUCAGGCCCUCUUUGACCUCUUUGAUUGUAAUAAAAACAAAUUCACGGAUGGGGAUGGCGAUGACGAUAUGGGCAGUAUCCCCGAAGCGAGUGACGCAGCUGGACCUUCAGCUUCAGUCAGACCCGCCCAAAGUGACAGUCAAGGUGCCGCACAAACGCAUACAGCUGCUCCAGACGGCGCAUCAACAACACAGAAAAUGAGACCAGGACAAGAGCGUAAAAACAGGAAGACUGCUGCUCCCAUGUUGUUAAAGAAAGUAUUUAUCCCCUCUAAUGGCCGAUCGUCGAGAAUCGAAAACAGUUCGGCGAGAAUGCUGGUGAAUCCUGCUCCCAUUCAGAGCGUUCCCUCUGCUGCAGAGGGCACAAAUAAAACAGAAAAGGCCUCACUCCUGAAUAACUGUACAGACAUAACUCCAAUAGAUCUGGAUGAACCUCUGAAUACUCCGCCUCCGCCCGUAGACAGCACGGUUAUUCAGGAGCCCGUUACAAAGAACAGCACCGCCACCGGAAGUGCCCAGAGUGUGUCGGCGUCGACGGCUUCCUCAAAAGAUCCCGCUGUUAUUGCAAUUCCGGAAGUGACGUCAGUUUCAAAUACGGACAAAAAACAAGAAACUAAAGGAGCACAACCAUCCAAAGAGCAACGUCCUGCAGCGGCGUCUGCAGCUGUGAGCAGUCGCCCCGUGUUUUUGUCUCCUGCACCGGUUCAGCUGAACAACGCUCUAGCACAGACGACUAAUUUAGUUGAGACGGUACUUUCAAGCAGCAAAACCUUCUCUACGUCUGCUCCGACAGGGGCAGCAGCCCCUCUCUUGUGUCCACCCACGGCCACAAUCCUUGACUCAACCGCAUCUGCUUCUACCUCUACAACUCCCACCGCGACCCCGGCCUGGUCCACACCUGCUCCUUCCUGUCCCCUGGAUGUAGUAGCGCCACCCGCAUCGGCCGCAAACCCCAGCACAGUGAGCAAGGCGCCAGCAGAUUCCAGCGACAUCGUGUCUCUGAAGAUCAUCGUGAGUGAUAAUCACGAGGAGGACUCGUCCUCUGACACAGCCUUGAAUCAGGCCAUUUCCAGCAUCACCGGGGACAAGCUGCCCACCAUCUACCUUUCCUCUCCAGCCAAGUCUCCCGGAGCGCCCUCAACUCCGAGGGCCAACUCGGAUGAAGCGGCUCAGGCAGUCAGCGGCCUGCAGAACUCUGAGGUGCACGCCAGUCCUCUCGGUUAUAAGGCCGCCGCACUUAUUGCUUCUUCAUCCACUGGAACGUCACAGGCCCAACCAAACUAUAUCAUUCAGCUGCCUCUGGACGCCAGUAACCCCGCCCUGCAGGGAGGCUCUGCCAGCUAUUUUCUUGUGGCUGAACCCCCGACCCCAGACCUUCAAACCACACAGAUGCUGCUGCCUGCAGGUGUCACUCCUGGUCAGCCUUUACCAGCCAGCCAGUACGGACUGAACACACAGCCUCAAACCCAAGCCUUCUCCUCUGGAUCAGCACUCAUCUUACCGUCACCCGUUAAGCCUAUGAUGCUUCCUGUUUCUGUUUUGGGGCAGAAUACUGUUGCAAAUGUCCAGAUGGUGUCCAACCAGCUGGUUGCCAUACCCAAACCUGCAGCAGUGCAGCAGACAGAAACAGUGAAGCCCAAACCUCCCGCAGGGAAAACGAAGCAAUCUGCAGCUGCCGGUGGUAAGAAAAUUGCGUCUAAGAAAGUGCAUCAGUCUGCCGCCGGCUCCAGUCACAGGAGAAUUCUAUGCUUUGAACCUCAAGCAGCACCUGAGCCACAAACUGGAAAAGCAAGAAAAACGACGACGCCUGCAACCCCAAACAAAUCCACGUCCCAAACUGCCCAGCAGCCUGAGAAAGAUUCAAAUCAGUCAGUGUCACGAACUAAACCUGCUAUCUUGGGUGGCAGCAAACCCAAGAGGAGGGUGGAGACAGUCAGAUGCUCUGACGGGCCUUUGACUGGAGGAAGCUUCGACAAGGAGUUCAACCCUUUCCAGCAUCAGAAAGAUGUUCGGAAAAGCUCCCGCAAGCAGGAUCAUAGCAGCUGCAGACAGGAGUCUUCCUGUGAGGAGGUCAGCAGCACAGGCGCCUCACAGCCGGAGACGGUGAAAAAAACCCAAUCGGAAAAGAGAUCAAAGUCUAUUGAUAGAAAACACCAUCAUGAUUCUCACAAUGAUGCCUUGAAAGGUAAAGAUGCCGAUCGCUCCAGAUCGCUGUCCUCAGAUUCUGCACCGAAAUCAGGAAGUAAAAAGGACAAGGAGGAUGGUGGCAGGAAGGAGCCCGCAGACAAGCCUUCGAAAUCACGUGAGGGACGCCCAGAAAAGAAAGCCCCGUUGCAGACGGUGCCAAAUGUCACAGCUAACAAGGAGAACGAGAUGAAGGGCAGCGUGACAGAGCAGAACCAGCAGUCGGCGCCUUCGUCUUCAGCUGCGAGAGACUUUAGCCCCUCGACUGUUGAUCAGCCAACAUCUAGCAGCCAGUCCAAGGCAGCAAAAGCCCCUUCAAAGACCAGUUCUCUGGCCAAACAGGCAGCAGAGAUGCUGCAGGACAUUCAAGGACUCAACUCUCCUUCCACGCCACCAAAAAAGCCUGGAGGAGGUAGUUCAGAGCUGAGUCUCCCCGUUCCUGGCUGCAACCAGGAGACGCCCGCCGACUGUCCUGGGACUCCUUCGCUACAGAAAAAGGGUAAAACCACAGAGGGGACUCCGAAGCAUCUCUUGCCUCCGAACACCCCGGACGUGCCCACCUGCAGCCCCGCCAGCGAAGCCGGCAGCGAAAGCAGCAUCAACAUGGCCGCGCACACACUCAUGAUUCUUUCACGGGCCGCGAUCGCCAGGACGGGCACUCCACUGAAGGACAGUCUGCGUCAGGAGGGAGCCGGAGAAAAGUCCCCCGCGGGCUCUAAGGUCUCCAAGAAGCGCAAACAGUCUCCUUCCACAUCCAGCCCCCCGCCAAAGAAAGAGGCCAAGCAGUCUCCCAGCAAAAAGAAGGACCGGGAAAGGAAGAAACUUAUGGAUUGUUUUCCCCUCGACUUGGAUGUGGAUAAGUUUCUAUCUUCACUUCACUAUGACGAAUGAAAAUGGACGCAUCAACAGGAAAUACUGUAUCACUACCUACUUAGGUUACUGUCCAGGAAUAGAACAAGCCAUCUGCUGAACCGGUGCCUAUGGUUCCUAUUAGUAACCCAGCCUGAGACUUUAUAAACUAUAGCGUCUCCUCUCAGCCAAUGUGAAACUUCACCGUGAUGUUUUUUUUCCAGCGUAGGAGACCUGGAAGAUCAUCUAGUGUUAGGCAGCAGAAGUAGGGCAGUCACUGCACUUUCAUUUUUAAUAUUCAUUCCCAUUUCUGUUGUAACUCCUGCGGUUUCUGCCUCCAACAAAAUGGACAUAUUGUGUGCACGGUGUUCAAAUGGGUAACUCAAAGAAUUUUCUUGGUCAAUAUUUGACUCUGCUUUUAUUAAUCCAGCUCACGCAGACUGAAAAGUUGCUAUCUGGGAAUACAUUUGUUAAAAUGUAUCCUGUAAUUUAAUACUGAAUGACGAGCUCUUGUGAGUUUUAUUGUUAAUAUCCAUUUGAUCGAAGAACAGAGAAGCAAUUUGAAAAACUGACAUUUUUACCUCCUUUUUCGUUCAAAUCAGAAGCAUCGCUGCAACUUUAAAAGAUGUAGUCAUCGGCUUCAUUUAGUGUUGGAAUAAACCAAACUCUUCUUUCUCUUUGUGAAUACAUGUUUAUUCAGUGUACAUUUUUUAAAAGUGUUUUGUCUGAAUACCACACCCUUCAUUGAAUAUGCUCUGUGAAUGUUUGAGGAUGCAAUAGCGUGCUGUUUCGUAUGGUGCAAAAAGUACAGAAUGUCACUGAAUAAAAGUAUGUUCCACAUUCAGCCUGCAGCAUUGUUCUU